CUCUCUCCUCCAUCUGGUCUCCAAAAUAUUUCCCUUCCUUUCUGCCACAGUAAGCACCACAACAGCAACAGCCAACGUGAUGCAGAGUGUAGAAAGGCUUUGAGCGUGCAGCCAGAGAGAGAAAGAGAUCAGGGCGAGAAGCGCUGAAGUUAAAUUGUGCUGCAUAUUUGGAGGAAAAAAAUAUAUAUGGGCGGAUUGGUCUCUAGAUGAGAGCUUGGUACCACCUUCCUUUCUAAAAUAAAAUCUCCCUGGCAUGAAGUCACAGCCUAUUUCACAUCCGGUUUACCCCUGGACGUACUACUACUGUCUUGGUAAAGUGCAAAGCUUUGUGUUGUAGAGCUGCGAGCCAAAUCCCACGGAAAGGGAAUCUGGGUGUUAAAAAUCGAAGAGCAAAGCGGCAGCGGCGGCGGCGGCGGCGACGGCGGCAGAGUCCAUGAUGGCUAAGAGCUCCUGAAUGACUGAGAAGAGCCGCGGAGACUCAGUGCUCUAAAGCGCCCUUUUCCCUCCUCGCCGCCCUGGCUUCUUGGCGAAGCCUCUCGGGCAGACUUUCCCGCUGCAUCGGCGACGCCGUGCCCAGAGGGUCGCGAGGAGAAGCAGCAUUGUGCACCUCCAUCCAUUACACUCCACCUGGACACCUGUCAUCAUUUUGUUCACCUUGCCCUGCCUUUCGCUCUUCCAUAAUCUACUAGCAAAAUGAUGCAUCUUCUUUAUGACCGCUUUUGGGCCUGGGUUCUUCUUAUGAGCACCUUACCUGGAAAAAGCUAUGGACAAACUUCCUUACAAGAUGAAAUAAAGGACAACACAACUAUAUUCACCCGAAUUCUGGAUCGUUUACUUGAUGGUUAUGAUAACCGUCUAAGACCAGGAUUGGGAGAGCGUGUAACUGCAGUGAAGACUGACAUCUUUGUUACCAGCUUUGGUCCUGUUUCAGAUCAUGAUAUGGAAUAUACAAUAGAUGUAUUUUUCCGACAAAGCUGGAGAGAUGAAAGGCUGAAAUUCAAAGGACCGAUGCAAGUACUUCGACUGAAUAAUUUAAUGGCUAGCAAAAUAUGGACACCAGAUACAUUUUUCCACAAUGGAAAGAAAUCAGUAGCUCACAACAUGACUAUGCCUAACAAACUUUUGCGAAUUACAGAAGAUGGGACACUGCUUUACACAAUGAGACUUACAGUGAGAGCAGAAUGCCCAAUGCAUUUAGAAGACUUUCCCAUGGACGCACACGCUUGCCCAUUGAAAUUUGGAAGCUAUGCUUACACAAAAUCUGAGGUGAUUUACGAAUGGACCCGUGAUCCUGCAUACUCUGUUGAAGUUGCUGAAGAUGGCUCUCGACUGAAUCAAUAUGAUCUCAUGGGACAAACAGUGGAUUCCGGAAUUGUGCAAUCCAGCACAGGGGAAUACGUUGUGAUGACUACUCAUUUCCAUCUGAAGAGAAAAAUUGGGUAUUUUGUCAUUCAAACAUACCUGCCAUGCAUAAUGACAGUAAUUUUAUCCCAGGUAUCUUUCUGGCUUAACAGAGAAUCAGUUCCAGCAAGAACUGUGUUUGGUGUGACAACUGUGCUAACAAUGACCACCUUGAGCAUUAGCGCACGGAAUUCUCUUCCCAAGGUAGCUUAUGCUACAGCUAUGGAUUGGUUCAUAGCUGUGUGCUAUGCAUUUGUCUUCUCGGCUCUGAUUGAAUUUGCCACAGUGAACUACUUUACAAAGAGAGGUUAUGCAUGGGAUGGCAAGAGUGUAGUUCCCGAAAAGCCAAAGAAAGUGAAGGAUCCUCUCAUUAUGAAAAACAACUCCUUUACAGCACCAGUAACAGCAACCAGCUUUACCCCAAAUAUUGCAAGAGACCCUGGACUAGCUACCAUUGCUAAAAGUGCAACGAUAGAGCCCAAAGAAGGGAAAGCUGAAACAAAGCCACCUGAACCCAAGAAAACUUUUAACAGUGUUAGCAAAAUUGAUCGACUAUCAAGAAUAGCAUUUCCACUGCUCUUUGGGAUUUUUAAUUUAGUGUACUGGGCUACUUACUUAAAUAGAGAGCCCCAGCUUAAGCCCCAAAGGCCUCCAUACUAGCCCCAUUAUCCAUUAGAGUUGUCCAUCUGUUUUGCACUGGGAAUUGCUUUUUGGUUCUAAACACACAGCAGUUCUCAUUUGCUUCAUUGCCUCUGUCUUAAAGAAAUUGAGAUGUCCUUAUUUUAGAAAGCAAAAGUAUAUUAUAUAUAUAAAUAUACAUAUAUAUAAUAGAAAAGAUAUUAACUCUGUAUUCUAGGGCUGUAAUGAUGUGAUGUAGACACCAGAUUCUGAACCGUGACUUUGAACAAGGGAGGGAAAUGUAAAAGAAAUCCAAAAUCAUUUGUCGAUGGAAGUUCCCAGAAGGGAUGUUGUACAUGUCAGAGCAGAAAUAUUUUUAUGCAAAAUGAUAAAAGGUUAAACCUGUCUUUAUAUAUGUUCAUGUUGCACAUAAGGUAUUCUAGUUUCCAUUUUUGGAGUGCUGCUUAUUUGAAUUCUUUUAUAGGAUAUGCAUCUAUCCAAAGUGCUGGAUUCCAGAAAAUAUAGUAUUUUUCUUAGAUUUCCUAUUUGCUGAAUUUCCCAAAACAUCAAUUUUAAAGUAAAUUAAUGUUCAUAUUUACAUACAAAACAGUCUAUUUCCUAAUGGUAAAUAUUCUCACAGAAUAGCACAUUGAUUCAUAUAAUGAAUGCUUUAAUAUGCUCUCUCACUUCAGUCUUAUUUUAAACAUCAAAUGGUCACUUGACUUAAUAAUAUCAACCAAUGGCACAUUCAGUGCAGAUCUAAAUCUCUUUGUUUCUGUUAGAGAAAAACAAUACAGGGUCGUUUCUUCUUUUUGUGCUUCUGUAUUUGAAUUUAAGGCUUUUGUUGGUUGGUUGGUUGGUUGCUUUAGAAGGAAAACAAUAUUUAACAAUCUCUAAGUACAUUGGAUGUAUUAUUUUAUAAAAUUAUCCAGGGAUUUUGGGGGCCAUAUUUUCAAGUCAACAAGUAGAGAGAUUGCACCGGAAAAUUUUAGGUUGCAACAUGUGGCAAAAAGAAAGACAAAAUGUAUUAUUUCAACAACAUGUGUAAAUAUACUACAUGAGACUGUACAUUUUUUUACUUUUUUAUGUUCAUAUUAUGCUGUGUGGGGGUUAGUUCUUCAAACUCUUAAUAGGUUGCAUUUUUAAAAGAAACAUUUAGAACCUGCACUUCUUUUUUUUUUAAAGAAAAGUCAGUGGCAUUUGAAAGAAAAGGGACAAAAAGACAAGAAAGAGAGCUUGGAAUAGGAUAUAUUCCAUUUGUAAAGCGAUUAUCUGUACAAUAGCUUGCAAUCUGAAAUUAUCAUCUAGUUAUACUAUUAGGCUAAUGACUGGUAUGCUCAGGUAAUGCGUGAAUACAGAAAUAUGGAAUUAUAUUUGGUAGGAAAAUGGUAAAAUAUUUAAGACAAACGUCAUCUGUAUAUUAUUGCUAUAUUUGCUGAAACAUAACUGUUAACAAUAAGUGAUGUAAUAUAUGUAGCAUUAAAUACACAAACGAAUGUACAGGAAAAUACAUUUUACUGAGUAAAACUUAUUACAUUUCAUUUUUACUGUAGCAAUAUAUUUGUAGGAACAAUAUGUAAGGGCUUUAAAUACAAAAUGUCCAUUUUUCAAGUUAUUGGUAUUCCCAAGAUAAUUCUACCCAGUUUUAUUUCUGCUGAAAAAUUAUUUUAAAGGGGGGAAAAAUCAAAUUACCAAGAUGGAUAUUAAAAAAAAAAUAGAGUUGAAACAUGGAUUUGGGGAGGUGUUAAUGUAAGGGUUCAGAAUUCAUAACACAUGGUAGUAAAUGCAUAUUAAAAACAAGUUGUAUGGACCUUCAGUCAAAAUAGCUAACACAAUAGUGAGAUCGACAUCUAUACAUGUUACAGGCAAUGUUUUAUAUACUCUUUCUCAAUAAAUCAAAAGGUUGCUGCAUAUUUAGUAUCUACAAAUGAAAUAGUUUACUUUUUCUUUCGAAAAGGUGACUUUUAAAAAAAACACACUCUAAUGCUUCAUUGUCUACCAUUUAGUCCUGUCUAAACUUGAUGAGCUAAUCCGACUGAAGCUUACUAAAGAGGAUGUGUUAUCUUCUGGUAUUAUGUGUAGAUAUAUGUAUAGAAAAACAAUCAAAAUAAAAUAUUAAUUUCACUUCA